AUGUUAAACGACUGUUUUCGUGUUUUGGGUGACAUUUUUUCAUCAUGUCAUGCCUCAGUCGACAUCUCGUUCAACCAGUUGCAGAAGAGAAAAAGCGAGCCAGCGCAAGUUAAAACGGCUAUCGAUAAUUUUGAAAAAUGUAUUGUCGAUGUGAGAAAUAAAAUUGAUGACAUAAUAAAUGAAGCCAAAAGUAUUUGCACUGAACCCAAAGGCAAUAAAAGGAGACGACGUAAUAAUAGCAGUCACGAUCACCGAGUUGCCGCAUUAGAAGUAUGCGACAAUAUAGUGAAUUCUGCAAAUGACAGAUUUCAAUUCAAAGAUCAUUUGGUAGCCGCAUCCCUUUUUUCGCCGAACACUUUGGAGAAUACCGUGGUAAGUUUCCUGAUGACAAGUCGGAAACUACCUGCUUGGCUUAUCCCGAAUUAG